AUGGCCCCCUCACUCUCGGUAGACACAUUCUUCAAUUGGGCUCAUUCUGAGUGUCCUCAGGAAGCAGUUCCAGAAACGGUUACCAUCGUAGCGCCACAGGACCACCUCUACGGUGUCACGCGGAUCCUCACUCUCGCGACAUCUGUCCCUGUCAAGGGGUCCGCUUCCAACUCGAACGUGUCACCGCCGCCCCGCUACGUUCUGAUCGCGGAUCGAUAUGGAAGCGGAAAUUUACUAGGUCUAUUAAAUACCGACCGGCUGUUGGCGUAUUUGCGAGUGCGGAUGAGAAACCUGCCCACUCCUAGCACUCUUAAUGUGACCGUAGGAGACUUGCCAGGCAUUCGAUGGGAGGAGAGAGGAUGGCAACUGGCCGAUUCCGCUGAUUUCGGCGACGAUGACAGUACCAACACUGAUGACGGUCGUCUGCGUCGACGAAGAGUUAUUUUUCCCGGUAAUACUAAUGGAAACAUCUUUUACCUUCAUCCCACCACUACGUGUCGUGAGGCGCUGCACAUCCUCAAUGUUGCGUGGAGUAGAGCCGGGUUGGCUUGUCUUCCGGUGGCUGCUGAGAACGGAAAGGGAUUCCAGGGCAUGUUCAACAAACACGAUAUCCUUCACGCUGGGUACACAAACCAGGCAAUGUGUUUCACCUCCGAGUGUCUUGUUGCCGUUCUCGACCGAAUGUUCCGUCAAAAGGCUCCGUGUCUUGCGGUAUUUGAGAAGCCGAGUCCGGGCGCCAGCUGGAACGGCCAGGGCGCCCUAGGACCAGCUGUUGGGGUUAUAACUUCAAGUGACCUUCUCCACACAAUCGUCCUUGACGCACCAACUCCUCCCUCCUCUGCCACUUCCAUUGAGACCCACGACGAUGUUCCUGUGCAAAAGGGAGUGACUGCCAAGGUCACUGGGGAGGGUGAAAUCUCCCCCCUGGAGGGUCCCUAUGCGGCCACCACUAACAGCCAUACCCAACGGUCUCAAAUGCACCAACCAGGCCGAGGCACCCAACGUCCCACCGAGGAGACGUCUCCAGCCAAUCAACAACAGCAGUUGCACGCAGUCGACGAUGGAACGCUCUUUGAGAUGGACGAGUGUGUGUAG